GCGACGUAUGCGCGGCGAGAUCUGUCGAAGCCGUGUUCCUCGACCCCAUCGACGGCAGGGUGAAACAACAAGAGAAGAUUCGCGAACUCCAGCCAAGCAAAGAAGUGCUGGAAGGGCUGGGGGUAUUGGUGUGAUUGUAACCCAGGCACAGGCCGCUGAAGGCUCCUAUAGAAGUUCAGUCAGCCUAGCAUGAACGUUGGGGCUAUGAAUGCCUUCUAUCAAAUUUUAUGUGGAUCGGCCGGGUUUCGACCUUACGAUAGUCCAUAGGACUUGCUCGGUAGGAUACACUGAAAGUCGGAUGUUUGGGUGUAUUAUCGGAGAGCUCUGGCAGGUUGGAUUCGAGAGGCUAAUGGACUCUCACGUCCUGCAAUCGAACAGGGCUGAA